GACAGGAGUGCCUGGCAUGCUAUGGUCCAUGGGGUCAUGAGGAGUCGGACAUAACUAAACGACUAAACAACAACAUAUUCUAAAUUACAUUUCAAAAUAUUCAUUUAAACAACCUUAAAUCAAUGACUUCCCUUCUUCUCUUUCCAUGGUUCAAUUUGCAUACCAUACAUCCCUGCAUAUUUUACCAUGAACUAAACAAUUUUGUAAUCCAAUGUUACAUCCAUCAGAUCUUAUUUACACUGUUGAAUUUAUCUUAAUGCUGCCAAAUGAACAGAAUUUUCACCCAUAUACUCGGUAAACAUUUUCCAGUCUUCUUUGAACGUAUUUUCUUCUUGUUCUUUUAUUCUCUGUGUUAAAUCAGUUUAAGUUGCCAUUCUUCUUUGGUUGGGACCUCUCGUUUUCCAUUUUGAGGCUAACAAAACACGGGCUGCCAUAGUAGCAUACAUAGUCUUUUUUGACACCUGGGAAUUUCCCUCUGAAUUAUCCCCAACAUAAAGUACACUGGGUUUUUUUUUUGGAAAGGUACUUUAAAACAUUCCCCCACUCCCCAGUUCAGUAUAUACCAUUUCCCAAUACUCUUUUACCCUUUACAAGUCCACCACAUAUAACUGAUCUCAAAUAGAAUUUUCUUGCCUGACCUGUCGAGCUGCCAUUGAUCUCAGUAGUUCUUUCACAGAAGAAUUUACUGCUGGUUUGUUUGACAGUAGGAAAAAACUUUGGUUUUUCAAAUUCCACGCAAGGCCAACAUUUGGUUCCCGCACCUCCCAAAUUUCAUUUUGCUCAAUUCACGAUGUCCUAGUUGUGGCUCAAUGCCCAAUAUGGUUAAAAGUUCUAGCAAAAGUGAUAGUUUCUUCCCUCAAGAAAGCUCUCCCACUUUGCAUCAGCUGAGUUCCCCAAUUCAGAAAUUAAUUCUAGACUACACUGUUCACACAGUCCUUGUGACACUUUGUUUGUGAGGCACUUGGUUCAUAUGGGUUGUGGGUCAAUGACCUGCUCUGCAGAUUUGGUAGCAAGCAACCCAGAACUCCAAACAGUGGGGAUCUGUUUUAUGUCGCUGCCUGGUGUGUUUCUAAAUCUAUCAGCUACGGCCUGGAAACUGUUAUGUCUGGCAAGCAUAUCUGUGUGGCAGAAUCUUGAGUUGUGUAUAUUUAUAUUUUGGGGGGUGGGGAAUCAAUGUGCUUUAAAUUAUUAACUAACCUUUUUUUGUUUUGCACGGGGGAAUCAUUGGUGUAAAAUUUGGAAUACAAUACCGUGAACUGGUAGCAAAAUGACAAUAAUAAACUCACAAGGCAAACUAGUUGCUUCAGAAUGGGUAGAACUUUUACUGUGACCCACAGAGGUGAACAGUGAUCAUCACUGGAAGGAUCGAUGAGAAGUUUGGUCUUGGACAUUCCUGGAGCUUGAGAUGGCUACAAAGUAUGGAAAUAGCAGAGGAAGUUGCAGAUUUGGGGCAGGAGGAAGGGAGAAUAUUCUGGUAUGGAGAGCUACAACUGAGCAUAUGGGUGGAACCAGUGCUUUUUUUCUAGAAAGGUGCCGGGACUCACCAUGAACACCCCCCUCGUUCUCUUAUUAUGGUGCCCACCUGAGAAGUGCUGGAACGGAGUUCCAGUGAGUUCUGGCUGGGAAAAAGUUCUGAGUGGAACUGAAAGCCAUGGGAUGGGAUGAGGCUACUUGGGUACAAUGUACAUCGUAAAGGGCCAAGAACAGAGCCCCGAGGAACUCCCAACAGCGAGAAGGAAAACAAAGUAAGAGCUCUCUCCACUCCAACCAUGGAAACGUUGAAAGAGCAAUUAGUUAUGAACACUGGACACUGCCCAAAUUGUGCUACUUCUCUGUCCCUAGCCUUUCUUUCUGAUGCUACCACCAUUUUUUCAAUCAAUAGCAAUGGAAUCCUACUGCAUAGACCAGCUUGCUUGGGAUGUGUGCCACCUUGCCUGAUGUUUGAGCACAUGAUGCCCUUUAUUGGCCCCCUGCUACCAGCCCGGAGUGGGGCAGGAAUGUUGUGGAAAAGUGAGGAAGGAAAGUGUUGUCGCCACCCUUGGGGUCCUGCUUCACGUUUUGCCAGGGCAAUGAAAUUGUGCGUUAUCGCCAUUCUUCUCUUCCUCCUUGCAUCCGCCUCCUCCGUGCUCCUGGAGAGAUUUGGAGGAGUGCUCCUUGGCCUGCAGUUUUCUAAGUUUAGUUAACCCCUGGCACGUUCUGCAAUAAUGCCACCACCUUUUAAACCCUACAAGCUUCCAGCAGCUGUGGCCCGUAUCAGCCAGGCUGGUUGCUGGGGCAACAGCUGAACCAUUGUAACCAUGGACCAUUAAUUGCUCUUCAUGUGGCAGCUCCAGUGUGGUCCAAGCAUCUUACGUGUCCCAGGCAGGAUGCGCUUUGCUGAAGGAUGGUGUUGGUGACUGGCGCAUGCGAGCCAAUUAUACCUGGCCAAUUCUAGCUGUGCAAAUCGCUACAUACGGAACAUCAGGAAUCUUUUCUAAAACACGUGGCUUUCUGUUUCUUUUCCCGCUGCCGAGAACCGCGGCUCAGCCAUUUUGCCAGUUUUCAGAAAGACUGGGCAGAUGGAUGCGAGCGUUUGGUUGAUAGGGGCAACACUCAUCGAGUGGUCUAGGACCACAUUUAGUGGCAGCUGGAGAACAUAUGGCUCAGGACUGCAAUACCUUACCUCAAGGACCACCUCUUUCCAUAUGAACUUACCCAAACCCUGAGAUCCUCUUCUGAGACCCUUCUUUGUGUGCCCCCUCCUCAAGAGGUGCGGAGGGUGGCAACAUGAGAACAGGUCUUCUCUGCAGUGGCUCCCCAUCUCUGGAAUGCUCUCCCUAGGGAAUGCUCUCCCUAGUUCGCCUGGCACCUUCAUUAUACACCUUUAGGCACCAGGCAAAACGUUCCUUUUUAACCAGGCUUUUGGUUGACCCGAUGGACAUCCAUUAUGCUUUUAAAAUGUGGCUCUUUUCGGGGGAGUGUUAUUGGGUUAUUGUUCUUAUUUUGAUUUUAUGGAUUGUGAUUUUAUUCUGUGAACCACCCUGAGACCUCCGGGUAUAGGGCGGUAUACAAAUUGAUUCAAUCAAUCAGUCAAUCAAUCAAUCAAUCAAUCAAUGUGUGAGUGAGACUGAGUUUUCAAAGUACUGAAUGCCCAGCUACCUUCAUCGGGUGUUCUGAGUUGUGGAGCUAGCCUUGCCUCUUGCAGAUUUUCCCAUUCAUCCUCAGUUGGCAUUUUACAAUUUGCAGGAGCUUGUCAUUAGGAUUGCCAAUGUUUAGCUUUCAAACAUUGAGGCAUCUGGGUGAGGCUCAUGGGGAGAGCGAUACAGGCCAGGGGACAGAGUGUGGUGGACUCCAACAGGGGUACAGCUAAUGGCAACAAUUUCCUUUUUGCUCUCGUGUUGGCAGAUAAGAUGAGCUGAGCACAUGGAUUCUAGUGCACAGCUGAUUCUAGUUCCAGGGCGCGGGUGGCACUGUGGUCUGAACCACUGAGCCUCCUGGGCUUGCCGAUCAGAAGGUCGGCGGUUCAAAUCCACGUGUCAGGGCAAGCUCCCGUCGCUCUGCCCCAGCUCCUGCCAACCUAGCAGUUCACAAGCACCCCAGUGCAAGCAGAUAAAUAGGUACUGCUGUGGUGGGAAGGUAAACAGCAUAUUCGUGCGCUCUGGUUUCCGUCACAGUGUUCUGCUUGCGCCAGGAGUGGUUUAGUUAUGCUGGCCACAUGACCCAGAAAGCUGUCUGUGAACAAACGCAGGCUCCCUUGGCCUGAAAGCGAGAUGAGCGCUGCAACAACAUAGUCGCCUUUGACUGGACUUAACUGUCCAGGGGUCCUUUACCUUUUUACCUAGUAAAGGAGCUGCACAUGGAAACAGGUGUGAGAGCAAUUCUCACAGCUGCUGCUGCCAAGUCACCACGAUGCUCUCCCAGGAUCAACUCUUCGCUAAAUGCAGUGUCAGUGAGAGGGUGGAGGAGAGAGACACUUGAAAUAAUGAGCUGUGGCUGAGCCUGGCUGCCGAGUGCACGUGUGUGUGUGUGGGCAGUCAAGUGGUUUAUAAAAUGCCCUUUUAUGGAAAACACUUUCCCUUUUAUUUCCUCUUUCUCUAUGAAGUGUAAACUCCAGCUGCCAGUUCAUUUUGCAACUUUUCGAUCAUCUUUAAACAUGCAGAGCCGAAAUGAUUAAUUUUAGUUCACCGACAUCCUGCCUUGUUGAAUCGGUGCAGAUACACUGUGGGGGAAAUGUUGUUUUAACACGUAAGUGCUUUAAUGCCCAUGAACAAAAAGAAUAAAAACGUAGGAAGACUUGAUAUCCUGAGGAGCAAAACCAGUAACGUGGCGUUAUUUAUUUUGGGUUUUCAGCUUUGUAUUCUUAUUCCAAAAACAUUAACCUGAAAUCAUGUUUUGUUUCUAUCGGUUUGUAAUGGAAACUUGCGCUGGCAAGAUUGUAACUUAGAUUUAAAUAUGGUCUUUUCUUUUAAAUGUUGAUCCCACAGAAAAACCACUGGUGGCUUAGCUGCCACUCUGGCUGGCAGAGGCUCUCCAAGAUCCUUUUACAGACUUGCUAUCCAAUAUCGUUUUACGGGAGAUUCCUGGGAUUGAAUCUGGUACCAUGCCAGGCUUUGGGGAAUCUGCUUCCUUCCCCCGUGGCAGUAGAUAAGAGAUCAAACGAAAGGAAUGCCUUAUCAGUUAUAAUUUUUAAUAAUCACAGCAAGAGAAUAAAGAACACAUCUCCUCAAAAUGGUGGUGAUCCCCAUUAAGUUCACUCCCACCUCUGUCCCUAUUCAUCUACGUCACUCCUAUGUCUUGUGAACAGAGUACACAGGGCAGGAGCUGAAUCUAUUGCGGUGAUUUAAAGGUAAAGGGACCCCUGGCCAUUAGGUCCAGUCAUGACCGACUCUGGGGUUGCGGCGCUCAUCUCGCAUUAUUGGCUGAGGGAGCCGGCGUACAGCUUCCAGGUCAUGUGGCCAGCAUGACAAAGCCGCUUCUGGCGAAUCAGAGCAGCACACGAAGCCCUGUUUACCUUCCCGCUGUAGCGGUACCUAUUUAUCUACUUGCACUUUGACAUGCUUUUGAACUGCUAGGUUGGCAGGAGCUGGGACCGAGCAACGGGAGCUCACCCCAUUGCGGGGAUUCGAACCGCCAACCUUCUGAUCGGCAAGCCCUAGGCUCUGUGGUUUAACCCACAACGCCACCCGUGUCCCCCACACAGUAAAUACUUCUCUCUAAUCACCCUCUGAUAGUCCCUAUACUUUUUCCAGCUAAAAUUCACCAGAACUUAGUUCUGGCACCUCUCAGUGGACACCACUGUCAUUAUAAGAGAACAAAGUGAAUUCCAGCACCUCUUUUUUCUAGGAAACUAGCACUGCAGCCUUCUUAACAUGGUAACCGCCAUAAAUUUUGAGCUACUUGCGGUGAUUUACUUCACAAUAAAUACUGUUGUUAGGAGGAGUUGGAAAAAGAAUGAGAAUCCCUGUUGCAGCCGUGCUGGGUACAGUGGUACCUCGGUUUGUGACUGCAAUCCGUUCCACGGAGGCGGUUGCUCGCCAAAGCGGUUGCUCCCCGAAGGCAUGCUUCUGUGAGUGCGCGAUGCGUCAAUAGAGCGCUUCUGUGCACGCACGAGCUGCGCAGAUCGCGGCUGCGCAUCCGACGCCGUGGAACCUGGAUGUAAACACUUCCGGGUCCGCGGCGGUCGCUCGCCGAAGCGGUCGUAAACAGAGGUAGGUGUAAACCGAGGUUUGACUGUAAAAGAGAAAGGCCACACUGAAUGUUUAAAGCAGUAUCAUACUACUUUAAGCAGCCUUGCCUCUAGGUAGCAUGCAGUCAAUCCCAACAGAAAGGAAAUGACAUUCCAGACCAAAAGAAGAUUCUGCCAAAAGAUUCUGCCCUCCACCCCAAAGCACAGGAGAAGCAACUUAUUUCAAGCUUAGGGAAAGCUCUUCAACAAGGUGAUACUGUAUCUUCUGUUCAAAAGCACAGCUCCUGCAAAGGAUUCUCUGAUUGUGACUUAGCUUAUUCUAGUUAAAAAUGUGCUGGGUUUCCUGUCUUCUCAAGAAAAGCCAAUUUUGCCACCUCUCUCUUUUUGAUCUCUUUUUCUUCCCUCCCAAAUCUUCCUGGGAUUCUUUGAGAGUUCCUUCACCUUGGGCUACAGUAGCUAUGGGCUAUAACUUAAUGCUUUGGCACCUGAAUGCUUGGAAUGUGGGUGAUACUAUAUUCUGUUCUUAAACAUCUACCAUUGCCAGUUUAGGGACUGCUCCCCGGGGUGCUGUAUUUUGGAAUACAUUCCAGUCAUUCCAGUCUUCUGCCAGUGGCAUUUGCUCGGAGAAGGAAGGCCAUUUUUUGGCCUUCAACCUACAAGUUCCAAACCAAGGUGAAAGGCCAGCGUUCAAGAAAUGCUUCCUUUUCGCCAAAGAUAUUUAUAGCAUUUGUUUAGCAUACUUCUGUCCCGCUUUGUUUUUCCUUGAGGCUCUCAAGUUGGCCUCCAAAAGAUUUGCACAAUAUCAUUGCAUUCAAGAAAAUUUGUACACAUAAUCAGAAAUAGCAUGAUGCAUUUUUCCUCCGCCCCUCCCCCCAUUAUUCUUGCUAUUCCCACUUGAAGGGUCUCUGAGGCAAUUGGGGCUAAGCCACUAGACCUCAUGUGAGUCCCAUGAUGGGUCCCAAGUCAUUCUCUCAUUCAUAUACAGUGGUGCCUCGCUAGACGAAUUUAAUUCGUUCCACGGGUCUUUUCUUAAACGAAAAAUUCGUCUAGCGAAUCCCAUAGGAAUUGCAUUGAUUUUUUUUUUUUGCCCAUAGGAACACAUUAAUUGAAUUACAAUGCAUUCCUAUGGGAAACCACGAUUCGCUAGACAAAUUUUUCAUAAGACGAAUUCGUCUAGCGAGGCAACCUCCGCUCGAAAAAUCCUUUCAUUAAGCGGAAAUUUCGUUAAGCAGGGCAUUCGUUAAGCGAGGCACCACUGUAUAUAUAUCUUUCUGUUUUACAAUUCGUUUAUAUAUAUAUCUUUCUGUUUUACAAUUUAAAAUACUCAUUUAAACAUCCUUAAAAUAUCAAUGACUUCCCUUCUUCUCUUUCCAUGGUUCAUUUUGCAUAUAACAAAUCCCUGCAUAUUCAGUAUUAUUACAUCCACCAAAACUUAUUUAUACUGUUGAAUUUAUCUUAAUGCUGCCAAUGUUUUCAGGUGCACACAAUUUCCCCCCGUAUAUUCAAUAAACAUUUUCCAGUCUUCUCUAAACAUAUGUUCUCCUUGUUCUCUUAUUCCCUGGGUAGGCAAACGUAAGGCCCGUGGGUCGGAUCUGGCCCAAUCACCUUCUAAAUCCGGUCUGCGGACAGUCCGGGAAUCAGCGUGUUUUUACAUGAGUAGGAUGUGUCCUUUUAUUUAAAAUGCAUCUCUGGGUUAUUUGUGGGGCAUAGGAAUUCGUUCAUCCCCCCCCCAAAUAGACCGGCCCCCUACAAGGUGGACCAGCCCCCUGCUGAAAUAGUUUGCUGACCCCUAUCUUAUUCUAUAUGUUAAGUCUGCAAGCUGCGCAAAAUUCCAAGACUGCCCCAAGUCUUUCUCAGCCGGUAGCUGGCAGUUCCUAGGCCACAGUUCCUAUUGAGGACCUCUUGAGGCAACUGAGUGGAGCUUGAAUUUGCUCAGCCCAUGUUGGAGUCUUCUCUAGCUGGAAGUUGCGACGGAACAUAGAAUCAUAGAGUUGGAAGAGACCACAAGGGCCAUCCUCUCCAACCCCCUGCCAAGCAGGAAACACCAUCAAAGCAUUCUUGACAUGUGCCUGUCAAGCCUCUGCUUAAAUACCCCCAAAGAAAGAGACUCCACCACACUCCUUGGCAGCAAAUUCCACUGUCAAACAGCUCUUACUGUCAGGAAGUUCUUCCUAAUGUUGAGGUGGAAUCUUCUUUCUUGCCACACCCCAAGGAUCAAUGGCGUCAGCUUUCCCCCGCGACUGAGGGCGUCUGGGGCCAUGCGAUGUCACCAAGCCCCACAGCAUGUGUGCAUGACACCACCACACCCCACAGCAUGUUGAUGUCACUCAUGUCCUGGUGAUGUCACACGUGCUUGUGUCAUGGUGUAACCACACAGCCAUCACUGCACUCUGGGGGGGGGGGAGAAGCCCCUUCAUUGAGAAUUUUUUUGGGGGGUGGGAUGCUACGCCAAGAAAAAGCAGGCAGUCUGUUGGGGAUUGGAUAAACCAGAUGGUUUGUGUGUAUAAAUGUAUGUGUGUGCUUCUGGUAUGACUCCUUUUUAUUUAUUUAAAGUUUUUAUUUAUACUUUUCAGGUUUAUACAUUUCAUUAGUUUUACAAUCAAUUUAACAUUUCAAAGUUUGACUCUCUUCCUCCUCAUUCUGCAGUUCCUUGAAUUUGUUUUUUUUAAUAUCUUCUGCAUAUCCAAAUUCAUUUAAUUUGCGCAUUUGAUUAUCUACUUUAAAUAUUAUGAAACUGCGGGUUGUUACAACAAUCCUGCUUUUGGUAUGACUCCUUUGCCUUUAACAGCUGACUAAGAGGUAGACGAAUCGCUGAGAAAUGUUUCCUGACAUGGACAAGAAGGAUCAGAAUUAUGUUUUCUUCCUUAAAUUCUGCAUGGUAAUCAAAGGCCCAGGAAUUCAGCGAGACAAAAGGACUAACUGCCCCACCCUAGAUUAACUAGGUGGCUUUCCAGUAUUACUGCAAUCCAGUAUUUCUAAACCUCGACUCCAAAUCUGCAAAAUGGGAAUAUUUAAGGACCUGCCUAGUUGCUCUACUAAGAGGAUGAUUGAGAAAAAGUUAUUGUAUGGGCAAUCUAUCCGGAAGAUAUUUGUGUUUCGAGGAGAUAGUGCUCCAACAUGGUUAUCCUUCCUGCCCCCUGUUCCUCCCCCCUCCCUUUCUCUUGUUAAAUUCUUUGAUGGCUGAGAACAGCCUUUAAUGUUCUAAUCUGUUGGAAGGAAGCGAUAGUUCUGGGCAUAGCUGCGCCAAGUUUUCCCUUUUCUCGCGAGGAAGCCUAUUCAGCAUAAGGGAAAAUCCCUUAAAAAAGGGAUAACUUGGCAGCUAUGGUUCUGGGUACCUCCUUUGAUGUUGGACAUUGUUUGGAGAAAGUGAGGCAUUGGGAGAGGGUGGCUAAUGAAUAAUCUGCGCCAGUCAGGAAAGUCACAGGCUAGCUAUAUAGCUAUCUCUAAAUCGGAUGGUGUUGGGCAUAGUUUUUUUGCACAGACUGAUCGGUCACAGGGCCGUGCAAACCGAGGCUACCUGGGGGAAUCCCUUCGCCGCUUCUUCAGGGCUUCCAAGUGGCAGGUCGAAGUGCAUGCUUGGGCUCCAACAUGGGAGGCAAACUGAGCAAGAAGAAGAAGGGCUACAAUGUGAACGACGAAAAGGCCAAGGACAAGGACAAGAAGGCUGAGGGGGCGGCCGUGGAGGAAGGCGAGGCUCUGAAGGAGAACGAUCAGAGCCAGGCCACCACAACGGAGACGGCAGAAGUGAAGGAGAAUAACCAGGAGGAUAAGCAGGGAGACAAGGAGGCCAAGAAGGCGGAAGAGAAAGAAGGGGAGAAAGAGACGGCUGCCCCGAGCCAGGAAGAGCCCAAGAAACCUGAGCCGGAAAAGCCCGAGGCUGUCGCCGAUGCCAAGGCUGAGGCUCCGAAGAACAACGAGCAGCAGGCGCCCAAGGCGGAGGAGCCCAGCCCUGCCGCUCCUCCUCCAGCCAGCAGUGACGCGCCGAAGCCUUCUGAGCCCAGCAGCGAUGCAAAAGCUUCCCAGCCUUCAGAAGCCACAGCUACUAGUAAAGUAGAUGACAAAGGCAAGGAGGAAGGGGAAGUCAAAAAGACUGAGGCUCCUGCAGUGCCCACAGCCCCCCAAGAAACUAAAAGUGAAGUGGCCCCAGCUUCAGACUCAAAACCUAGCAGCAGCGAGGCUGCGCCUUCUUCCAAGGAGACCCCGGCAACAACAGAAGCACCUAGUUCUACUCCUAAGGCCUCGGAGCCUGCGGCCCCGCCAGAAGAAGCGAAACCAUCUGAAGCCCCAGCAACUAAUUCGGAUCAAACCAUAGCAGUGAAAGAUUAAAAUUGGACAGCCUAUUGGGAAACGAAAUGGUGGCAGCAGCAGCAGCGACGACGACGACAAAUUAACCACUUUAAACAACCUGUGUAUUUUUAUUAUUAUUAUUACCUCUCUCUCUCUCUCUCUCUCUCUCUCUCUCUCUCUCUCUCUCUCUCUCU